UCACGUGUGAGUGUGUCAUGUGAUCAUUGAAAAAUAAAAUUUUAUCUUCACACAGUUUCUGUUUUGUGCUUCUGAAUGUUUGUGCAGCGACAGAAAAACAACAACAACAACAACAACAACAACCACAACAACCGCCAGAAAGAAAUGUAACGUUAAUGUCAGCUUAUAUACACUCAAAGGGCGGUCCCGUCUUGUGUCGAGUGUUCUGGCUGAGAGGAGUUUGCAGCUCUGUCCCUUCCUCCAACACAUCUGCUCAUAAUGACUCUGCAGAUGGGGAUCCUGCUUCUGGCUCUGCUGGGCCUGAGCACAGCGCUGGUCUGUCCUGAUGGAGGCAUGUGUGAGGACAGAGACACCUGCUGCAAGAACACCGUGGGCGGAUACGGAUGCUGCCCGCUGCCACAUGCUGAGUGUUGUUCAGAUCACCUCCACUGCUGCUUCGAGGGGACGGUUUGUGAUCUCGUUCACUCCAAAUGUGUUAAUAAGACAGUUUCUCUGCCCUGGAUGACACGAGUUCCCACCAAACCGACUCUGUUCAUCCCUCAGCUCGGGGACAAAGUAAAGGCGGUCAUUUGUCCGGACCAGGAGUCUGAGUGUCCGGAUGACACCACCUGCUGCCAGCUUAUCGACGGCUCCUGGGGCUGCUGUCCAUUAGCGAAGGCCAUGUGCUGCAACGAUCACAUUCACUGUUGCCCUAGCAACACAAUAUGUGACCUGGAGCACGGCGUCUGCAAGUCCAGUGAGACACACGUGGCACCGCUGAAGAAGAUCUCCGCGGUACCCAACGACGUCGUGUGUCCGGAUAAAAAAUCCUCGUGUCCCGACCAGACCACCUGCUGCCAGAUGACUAACAGUACGUACGGCUGCUGUCCAAUGCCCAACGCCGUCUGUUGUUCAGAUCACAUCCACUGUUGUCCUGAAGGCACCCAGUGCGACCUUACCCACAGCGCCUGUGUGUCGGCGCUGGGGGAGUCGAGCACGGCCGUUAGGAUUACCAACGCUGUGACAGAGCUGGUGGUCGCACAGACGAAGGCCGGUGCGGUUCCCUGCAACGACUCGGUGGCGUGCGCUGACGGAAACACCUGCUGUAAAUCACCAGAGGGAGAAUGGGCCUGCUGUCCGCUACCGAAGGCCGUGUGCUGUGAGGACCACCUGCACUGCUGUCCCCACGGCACCACUUGCAACCUGGCGGCCUCCACGUGCGACGACCCCGCCGGCGGCGCCGUGCUGCCGUGGCUGAGCAAAGUGCCCGUCUUCCCUCUGCUGACGGAGAACAGCAAGUGCGACCAAUCUACAUCCUGUCCUGGAAAGUCAACCUGCUGCAAGACGGCGAGUGGAGACUGGGCCUGCUGUCCUCUGCCUCAGGCUGUGUGCUGUGACGAUCACGUCCACUGCUGCCCUCACGGGACCGUCUGCAACCUGGAGGCUGAAAGCUGUGACGACCCCUCGGGCUCCUCGCCGUCCCUCCGCUGGGUGGCGAAGGUUUCGGCCCUGACGUCAGAGACUCAGGACGAGAAAUGCGACAAGCAGACGAUGUGUCCCGGAGGCACCACCUGCUGUAAGAAAGGCCCUGGACUCUGGGCCUGCUGCCCCUUACCACAGGCCGUGUGCUGUGACGAUCACGAGCACUGCUGCCCUAAAGGCUACAAGUGUAACGUGGCUGAGCAGACCUGCGACAGGCCCGGCGGCCUCAGCCUGCCCUGGCUGCGGAAGGUCCCGGCCCUGCAGACGGAGCCCAGUCUGGCUGUGUCCGGUCCGACUCGGCCGGUCAGGAACAUGUGCGACGCCACGACCAGCUGCCCCAAGGAUACGACCUGCUGCUUCAUGGACAGGACCCACAAAUGGGGCUGCUGCCCUCUGCCGAAGGCGGUCUGUUGUAACGAUGGAAACCACUGCUGUCCCAGCGGCCACACCUGCGAGCCUCACCGGUCCUCCUGCUCAAAGGGCGCCCGCGUCAUACCCUGGUUCGCCAAACUGAGCGCCCUGAGCGAGCCGGGCGCCGUGACCGACGUAAAAUGUGAUGACAAGAGCAGCUGCGCUUCGGGAACGACCUGCUGCAAGCUACAGACGGGAGAGUGGGGCUGCUGCCCGCUCGUCAAGGCGGUCUGCUGUGCGGACCACGAGCACUGCUGUCCUCAGGGCUACACCUGCAACAUGCAGACGGGAACGUGCGAGAAGAAGAGCCACGACGGCACCCUCCCUCUGAGCAGAGUGGUACGGCCCGAGCCCGAAGGCGCCGGGGGCGACGAGGAUGUACCAUGUGACAGCGUGGGGGAGUUCCACUGCCCCGAGCGGGACACGUGCUGUAAGCUGUCGGCCACAGAGUGGGCCUGCUGCCCCUCGCCCAGGGCCGUCUGCUGCUCCGACUCGAAGCACUGCUGUCCCGCGGGAUACUCGUGCGACCUGCAGGCCGGAGGCUGCACGCCGCAGACGCCGCUGACCUGGGACUCUCUGUUAGGGGACAGAAAGAAAGACUUUGUCCAACGUGGACUUUAAUAAUCCCACACGAGAGGUGCCGCUGAUCUCCUGCAACCUGGAUCCAUAAACGUCCAUCAUAAACGCCGUCGAUGGGCUUUUAUUUUCCCUUCUCACCACUCCCUGUUUGUUUUGUCAUUCGUGGAAGAGUAUUUCCAGAGUUUCUGCCUCCAGGCGCGGACGCUGCAGUCGUCUCUCGUUAUAAAUGAAGUCGAAGCACUCUGGUAGGAAGGAAUUAUUGCAACAUGUGUUACAUUGAAGUGAGCAAUUAUGGAUCAUUACGAUCACUAUUAUUGGAAAUCAGAAUACCAACGAUGGCGUACCGGAAGGAUGUCUCUUAAAGGUGGAGUUAUGUAUUUUAUUUACUGUCAACAAACAUCAUUAAAAGAUCAAAACCAACAUACAGAUACAGAUUAUUAGUAAUCUGUGUAACUCCUGGUCAGCUUGUGACCUUAAACACUGUACGAGGAGUUAAAGGGGAAUUAUGGUACAGCCGAGUUUAAUUUAAAUAAAGUUAUACAUAAAUAAUUAAUAUUUCUCUCUUUUUGCCAAAUCAUUUGGUUUCCUUUCCAGGUUAUCCUGGUCUGUGGUUGUGGAUUGGGCUGCUCAAAGUGAAAGUUUUCCUCCAUAAAACAGAUUAUUCAGCUUUAAAAACGGCCUAAAAAUAAAUAGUUUCUCUCUUUUUAAAAGGCUCAUUGUACGCUGUAAAGUUAAUUUAACUCAAACAAACAGUUCAAUGGAUUACAUCAAAGCUUUUAAGUUACACAAACUCAAUUCUCAUUUGUUUAGUUAAAAAAGAUCCUUAAUUAAGCAGCUUUUAUUAGUCAUUUUAAGUUACAGAAACAUUCCUGAUUGAGUACAAAAAUGAACUCAGUGUUAGUUAAAAUAUUUAAGCUGCUUCAGUCUGAGAUCAGUUUCCACACUUGUUUGAGUUAAAUGAGUUUUUAUCAACUUAAAAAGGAAAUAAUACACUUGUUGGGAACUAUUUUCAACGGCGGAUGAAUCCACAUUUGGUGCUCUAGUGAGUAUUUGGGGCAGCAGGACGACGGAGCUCUAGAGGAAGAAGGUAUAUUGGAUCAGUUGUUGGUUUUGGUCUUUUAUUGGUUUAUUAACAGUAAGACAGAUACCGAGUUUCACCUGCCGGCCUCUUUUUGUUUUGGUGUUUUGAGUUAAACGAGCCGGUCGCCUUAUUGAGGGCGACAUUUGAUAAAAGAUGACCUCAUCAGACUCGACCGACGGUGUUUCUGUGAGGACUUAUUUCAUCUCUUUGUGUCGCUGAGGCAGAAUUUCUUUGUUAAACACUUAAACAGGUAAAAAGUUGUUGAUCUCUUGUUGAUUUGAUGUUAUUUUCUGUGAUUUAAUGAGGAGUAAUGAAGCAGAUAACGAAUGUUGAUAGAAGAUGAUGUGACUGAUACACGAACAGCUUGUGCCUUCUUUAAUUAACUGUAAGAGGAGGCGGUCGGUCAGAGAAUCCUCUCCAUCGUUGGGAAACAGUCCCUCCAGGAUGUCGCAGGCUGGUUUCUGGGAUUGUUUGCGGCCUAAAAUUCCUGAUUUCACGGCAGCUUUUCUAAGAAACUGCAACGUUUUUAGGCAUUUUAUUGCUUUUGGCUGCACAUUUUCUGACAGCUGGAGAACAGGAUUUGUUGUGUGCAGCACUACAGUCCUUCAUUAUAAAGCUGCUGUAUCACAUCUGUCCUGUAUGGAUAUUGCAGCCUUAGAAUAGUGUUUUAUGUUACAGAUGUUCAGUUUGGGUCCAGAGCGUUUAGAAACUGCCACAUGCUAACUCGCAUAUGUUGGGAAAUUAGGAUAAUUAGCAUUAAAUAGCAUAGUAGGGACAAUAUUUGGAUGAUACAGGAGUGGGUUUGGGGUUUAUUGAGGACGCUGAAUCCAUUUCUGACAUUUUCAAAAUACAAAAUGGUCGUUUAAACCAGAAGAAGCCACAUUUAAACUCCCAGUUGGCUCAUUUUGAUUAAUUUUAAGUACAUUUUGAGGUUCUUUAUGUGUUUAAUACAUAACUGCAGCAGCAAAGACGGACAAAAUGCUGCACAGCAACAGCAGAACUGAAGGAAAUAUGAUGUCUGAACAUUCACACCAAUGACAUUGAGCUUAAAAAUGCAGCUCUACUGUGUAAAGCAUAUAAUAAAAACCUCAAAAUGUAUCAAAAAUAAUCAAAAUCAGCCCACUGGGAGUUUAAAUAUGUCCCCUUCUGGUUUAGAAAUGGAUUCAGCAUCUUCAAUAAACCCUAAAACCACUCCUUUAUCGUCCAAAUCAGCUGCUGAAAUAUCGUCCAUAUAGCUGAUUAUUAAUGCUUAUAAUUAGUGCAGGUUAUCGUGUGUCAGUUUCUAGAUGUUCGGGACCCAAACUGAACAUUUCUAACAUGAAACUUUGUGUUACUCGACAUUUCUGGGUUCACGUUGCUGACAGGUCGACAAUAUUUGGGAUUUUUUUUGGUAUAAAAGUCAAAGUCAGCUUGUUUGCUGGUAGCUUUUAUUGGUUAAAUUCACACAAAUUCACAAUAAUUGGAUUAAAUUGUGAAAAUAAAGUGGCGAGGACUCCUGGAGGGAAAGAACAAAACAUACUGAACGAGCUCUUGAAGGUUUGUAACAACACUGCUGUUGGAUGGAGUCACGAGGAAAGUAUAAUUUUAUUAAAUCUACUUUUUAUGAAUAAAGAUUGGAUCCUUCCCUGAAAUACA